CUCUGGGUUCCAGCAGGAGACAUUUGGAAAACUCACCAACUUCUAACACAUUUUCUGGAUCUGAAUGACAAAAGUUUUCAAUACGAUUCAUCCUAGAAAAUAUGGAUGGAAUAAUGUUGAAAUAGCUUUUUUUUCUGUCAGAUUUCUUGAUGAACAAGAACCAGAACCCAGCUGUGUGUCCUUCAAGAGUAACAGGUCAAAGGGCCUUUAUACCAACUUUAAAUCUCUUGUAUCUCCACCAUCAAGGAGGAUCCGUCAGACACUCAAACAAGAACCAGAACCCAGCUGUGUGUCCUUCAAGAGUGACAGAUCAAAGAGUCUUUAUAAUAACUUUAAAUCUCCUGGAUCUCCACCAUCAAGGAGAUUGCACCAGCAAAGCUCAGAAGUUCCCAUUGGUCCAUCUACCCAGCAGCAUCAAACACAGCUGGACUCCAUAUUUAUGCUGCUGGAGGACAACAUUGUCACUUUUGUGAAGAACGAGCUGAAGAAGAUCCAGAAGGUUCUGAGUCCAGAUGACCCAGAAUGGUCAGAGAGUCAGAGAGAUGAUGAGUUGGAAGGUGAGGAUAAAGAGCAGAGAAAAAGCAGCAGAGAGGCAGUGAUGAAGAUCACACUGAAUUUCCUGAGGAGGAUGAAGCAUGAGGAGCUGGCUGAUCGUCUGAAGAGCAAACAGCUUGCUGCGGUUUGUCAACAUCAACUUAAAUCUGGUCUGAAGAAGAAGUUCCAGUCUGUGUUUGAGGGAAUCGCUAAAGCAGGAAGUCCAACCCUUCUGAACCAGAUCUACACAGAACUCUACAUCACAGAGGGAGGGACUGGAGAGGUCAAUGAUGAACAUGAGGUCAGACAGAUUGAAACAGCAUCCAGGAAACCACACAGACCAGAAACAGCAAUCAGACAAGAAGACAUCUUUAAAGUUCCACCUGGAAGAGACCAACCAAUCAGAACAGUGAUGACAAAGGGAGUGGCUGGCAUUGGGAAAACAGUCUUAACAAAGAAGUUCACUCUGGACUGGGCUGAAUACAAAGCCCACCAGAACAUUCACUUCAUAUUUCCAUUCACUUUUAGAGAGCUGAAUGUGCUGAGAAAUAAAAUGAUCACCUUGGUGGAACUGAUUCAUCACUUCUUUACUGAAACCAAAGAAAUCUGCAGCUUUGAACAUUUCCAGGUUCUGUUCAUCUUUGAUGGCUUGGAUGAGAGUAGAAUUCCACUGGACUUCCACAACAAGGAGAUCCUGACUGAUGAUACAGAGUCCAGCUCAGUGGRYGUUCUGCUGACAAACCUCAUCAGGGGGAAACUGCUUCCCUCUGCUCUCCUCUGGAUAACCACACGACCUGCAGCAGCCAAUCAGAUCCCUCCUCAGUGUGUUGGCAUGGUGACAGAGGUCAGAGGGUUCAAUGACCCACAGAAGGAGGAGUACUUCAGAAAGAGAUUCAGAGACAAGGAGCAGGCCAGCAGGAUCAUCUCCCACAUGAAGACAUUACGAAGCCUCCACAUCAUGUGCCACAUCCCAGUCUUCUGCUGGAUCACUGCUACAGUUCUGGAGGAUGUGUUGGAGACCAGAGAGGGAGGAGAGCUGCCCAGAACCCUGACUGAGAUGUACAUCCACUUCCUGGUGGUUCAGACCAAAGUGAUGAAGGUCAAGUAUGAUGGAGGAGCUGAAACAGAUCCACACUGGAGUCCAGAGAGCAGGAAGAUGAYUGAGUCUCUGGGAAAACUGGCUUUUGAUCAGCUGCAGAAAGGAAACCUGAUCUUCUAUGGAUCAGACCUGACAGAGUGUGGCAUCGAUAUCAGAGCAGCCUCAGUGUACUCAGGAGUGUUCACACAGAUCUUUAGRGAGGAGAGAGGGCUGUACCAGGACAAGGUGUUCUGCUUCGUCCAYCUGAGUGUUCAGGAGUUUCUGGCUGCUCUUCAUGUUCAUCUGACCUUCAUCAACUCUGGAGUCAACCUGAUGGAAGAAACACAACCAAAACCUUCUUUAUUCUCCAAAUUAUUCAUCAAAUCCAAUGUAAACCAUCUCCAUCAGACAGGUGUUGACCAGGCCUUACAGAGUCCAAAUGGACACCUCGACUUGUUUCUCCGUUUCCUCUUGGGACUUUCACUGCAGACCAAUCAGAGACUCCUACAAGGUCUGGUGAAACAGACAGGAAGUAGCUCACAGACUAAUCAGGAAACAGUUCAGUACAUCAAGGAGAAGAUCAGUGAAAAUGUGUCUGCAGAGAAAAGCAUCAAUCUGUUCCACUGUCUGAAUGAACUGAAUGAUCGUUCUCUAGUGGAGGAGAUCCAACAGUCUCUGAGUUCAGGAAGUMUCUCCMCAGAURAAYUGUCUCCUGCUCAGUGGUCAGCUCUGGKYUUCAUCUURGUGUCAUCAGGRRAAGAUCUGGAUGUGUUUGACCUGAAGAAAUACUCUGCUUCAGAGGAGGCUCUUCUGAGGCUGCUGCCAGUGGUUAAAGCCUCCAACAAAGCUCUGCUGAGUGACUGUUACCUCUCAGAGAGAAGCUGUGAAGCUCUGUCCUCAGUUCUCAGCAGUCUCGGAGAGCUGGACCUGAGUAACAAUAACCUACAGGAUUCCGGAGUGAAUCUUCUCUCUGCUGGACUGAAGAGUUCAAACUGCAACUUGGAGAUACUCAGACUGAGUGGCAGUAACCUCUCAGAGAGAAGCUGUGAAGCGUUGUCCUCAGUUCUCAGCUCUCAGUCCUCUAGUCUCAGAGAACUGGACCUGAGUAACAAUAACCUGCAGGAUUCAGGAGUGAAGCUUCUCUCUGCUGGACUGAAGAGUCCAAACUGCAACCUGGAGACUCUCAGGGUGGAGCCAGCUGGAGUUCGGUUCUUGUCACCAGGUCCAUGGAGGUAUUCCUGUCAACUCAUCAUCGACUCAAACACAGUGAGCAGAGAGCUCAAAGUGUCUGAAGACAACAGGAAGGUGACGUGGGUGGAGGAGCUUCAGUCGUAUCCUGAUCAUCCAGACAGAUUUGAUCUUCCUCAGCUGCUGUGUGGAACUGGUCUGACUGGUCGCUGUUACUGGGAGGUCGAGUGGAGAGGAGAUAUUGUUGUAUCAGUGAGUUUCAGAGGAAUUAAGAGAAGAGGAGUCUGGAAUGAGUGUUGGUUUGGACUGAAUGAUCAGUCCUGGAGUCUGAGAUGCUCUGAUGUUAAUGGUUACUCUGCCUGGCAUAACAACAGAGAAACACCAAUCUGCUCCUCCUCUGUCUCUAACAGAGAGAGACAGAGGAGGAUAGCCGUGUAUGUGGACUGUCCUGCUGGCAUUCUGUACUUCUACAGCAUCUCUUCUAACUCAGUGACCCUCCUCCACACCUUCAACACCACAUUCACCGAACCUCUGCUUCCUGGAUUUGGGUUCUGUUCUUAUGGUUCCUCUGUGUUUCUAUACUGAGUUGAGUUUAAAGAGUUUCCUUCAGUCAGAGAAUCUCUCUGACAGGAGGAACAUAUAGUUUAGUUUUUACAUGUCUGUUUUUUACACUCAGAAACACAUUUUUAGAUUCAUGGAUUCAAUCUGUCUCUUGUUGAACCUCUUCUAAAUGACUCCUUGGAAACUACCCAGCUAGCAUUGAAUGUUUGGAGCAUGUCCGCUGAACGGACAUGCUCCAAACGGCCGAACUUCCACUGACAACGUUUGAUCGACGUCCAAAUGAAACUCCAUUAGACGUCUGGAGGACUUUAAGUUGAACGUCCGCCGGACAUUCGGGAGGACGUUUUCUGGACUCAAAAUUGAUCACAGUAGACUUUUGGCGGACUUUCAGCUGAAUGUCCGCCGAAGGUCCGCUGCCAACUUUCAGCGAACUUUCGCAUUUUAUUCGAAAAUAAAAAGCUAUAGC